AUGGGAAGGGCUCCUUGUUGUGACAAGGCAAAUGUGAAGAAGGGACCAUGGUCACCAGAAGAAGACUCAAAGCUCAAAGAAUACAUUGACAAGUAUGGGACUGGUGGAAAUUGGAUUGCUCUCCCUCAGAAAGCUGGUUUGAAAAGAUGUGGAAAGAGCUGCAGAUUGAGAUGGCUUAACUAUCUGAGGCCAAACAUCAAACAUGGAGAAUUUUCUGAGGAGGAAGACAGAAUAAUUUGCACCCUCUUCACUAGCAUUGGAAGCAGGUGGUCAAUCAUAGCAGCCCAGCUGCCAGGAAGAACUGACAACGAUAUCAAGAACUACUGGAACACCAAGCUGAAGAAGAAGCUCAGGGAUAUGCAAACUCAUAUGGCUCCUCCUUCAUUAACAACUUCUCAGAGUCAUAGGUUAAAGCCUCCCCCAUUUCCUGUGUCUUCCUCUCUUCACCAAUUUCAAAGCCAACCAUUUCAUCAUCAACCUCUCUCACUCGUGCACAAAGAUCUUAACUUGAUGACUUACAGUACUUACGCCCCAACCUUAACAAGCCCUACUACUGGAACUUUUUCAUCAGGAUUUGAAAUAAUGCCGAACAUUUCAACCUCUCUCACCAACUACUCCCUUUUUCAAACUCAAGAGUGCCUUGUGGGUUCCAUGCACUACAAUCACCCAGCUGUGAAGAAAAAUCUAAACCUCAUCAUGUUUGGAAGUGAAGGAAGCUGCAGUACUUCAUCUGAUGGGAGCUGUAACAACAAUCCGAUUAGCUAUGAGUCCAGGCCAUCUGGAAAUCUUAAGCAAGAAGAAAUGGGUAUGGGUUUUCAGCUUGAAGAUCAGAACCAGAAGUUUAUGAUGCUUAACUAUGGAAACAGUACUACUAGUGCUGCAAUAUCAGGUGAUCAUCAUAACUAUGCCAACAACAACAACAACCAAUGGGGUGAGAAGCCAAAUCGGUACAACGUUAACAAUACCCGUUUUGGAGAUUAUGAUCUUGAAGAUGUUAAGCAGCUGAUUAGUAGUAGUAGCACUGAUAUUAAUAUCAAUAUUGAUAAUGAUAAUCAGUCUAUAUCUAACAGCUUGUUCAGUGUUGAUGAAAACAAGACUGACCAUAAGGAGAAGGUGAUGUAUUUCUACUGAAUUAAAUGAGUGCAUACUGACUGUUGUAAGUAAAAUCAGAAAGAUUUGAUGGGUUAAGUAAGGGGAGGCAUGGUGGUGCUGAGUUUUUUCGCAGAAAAGACUCAUGAUAAUCAGUACUAGUCAGUAAGUCUGUGUUACGAUAUAUGAAAUGAAAC